UAACCCUAACCCCUAAUCCAACCUGUUCUGUUUUGAAAAAAAUAUUGGAUCGAAAAAAAAAACUUCUUCCUCCUCUCAUCUUCUUCACUGUCGAACUGCCGCCGGCCUCCGCCUUCCGUCGCCGCCUGUUCCACCGCACUCCGGUGCGGAUAGAAGUCUGAUUCUCCUCUCAUUGUCUUCACUGCCGAACCGCGGCCAGCUUCCCAUUCGCCUUCCGUCACCGCCUGUUCCACCUCAUUCCGACGCCGAUAGAAGUCCGGUGCGACUGUGUUUGAAACCCCGGCGCCGAACAGCCCAAAAAUCGGCAUUUAUUAUAUUCGAAUCUUCACAGCAAAACCUCCCCAACACCGGAUUCAACUUCCGUCGCCGUCGCCGCUGCAUAUUAACCCACACUUCGACGGUGUUCGAAACUCCGGUGCGACCAGAUACUUUAAAAAGCCGUUUGUAUUUUACACUCUUCGUUUGGUCACCGCCGAGCCUCCCCCGCUUCGUAGUCACCUUCCGUCACCUUCGCUGCCGUUUUUAUCCCGAUCCGGCCCCGUCCGACAGUCCGUUGUGGUUCUAAUGACAACUGGAACAUCGAAGAAAGUGCAGAAACCAAUAUCAUCGUACUUACUUAUGUUAGAAGUGUUUGGAAAGGAAAUGGUCAGGAGAAAAGUAUGGAGAAACAGAAAUUUGGCAAACAGGAACAUCAAAAGUUGGCCGCACAGUGGGCAAAACUUUUGGAUUCAGAGAAGGAGCCUUUCAAACAAAAGACUGUCAUGGAGAAAGUAGAAAAUGAAAAAAUAAAAAGAGAAUUAGAAUGUGAAAAUGAAGGUGGAAAGAAUUAAGGUAUAAUUAUGGUUCUAGUUAUACCGGAGUAGUAUAGAAACAAAGUUACUUUUUCAUAUUCUACUUUCUCCGGUGUAGGUCUUGCUUACACGGUGCAGUCCUAUAUGUUUGCUAAAGUUGUUCAAGGACUUUAAGGAUAAGAAGAUAGAUACUAUCCUUCAUAGUAUCAAUAUGGGGUCGUUGUUGCAAAUGAAAUCUCGAUCAAUGAGGAGGGAGGUCAUAAUAUACUUGAUUGAGAGGUUCAAUGCUGAAAGUUGUGCUAUAAUACUCGAUUGAAGAUGUGGCCAGUAUCUUGGGAUCUAAAGAUGAUGGGAUCGAUGUGUCCACUGUUUUGAAGAGGAAUCAGAGACAUAAAUUAAGUAUCGGAUCUCAAAGGAUGUUAGGUUUGUUAAAUUAGUGCAGCAUAUGACCACUUUGGAGGCUGAAUCUGCUGAAUUAAAGGCCGUGGUGCUUGCAUUUAUCAUUGGAUGUUUCUUGUGUCCAUCCAGUCUUCCCUUUCCCAGCGAGGAGUACUAGAAUUGUUUGUGCGAUGAAGGCCUCAACGGUAAGUUGAAUUGGGCAAAACACUUGCUGUGUUUUAAAGUGACUCGAAAAUGUAAGUGUGAAAUUUAAUCAUUUGACAUGUUUCAAAUUUGUUAAUGUUUAUUUUUUAUGUAAUUUAAUAAUCAAAUAAUUGAACAUUCAAAAUUAGUGCAAUUUAAAAUUUAUGAAAAACAAUUAAAGAUAAUGCUUGCAAGAAAAUUAUGCAAAAAAAAAAUAAUUUUUGAUGCAAUUGAAAAGACUAAGAUAUGGGAAUUGGUUGAAAAGUCAAAUGAGAAAAAAAACUAUUAAAGUGAAAUGGGUAUACUAAGGUAAAGCAAAUUUUGGAUGGUUCGGUCCAAAGAAAAAGUUAGAUUAGGGGUGAAAGACCAUGUACAAUAGGUUGGUAUUGACUAUCAUAAUAUUUUUGCUUUAAUUAUCCAUUGGGAUACAAUCAAAGAUCAUGUUAAAAAGGAGUAUGGUCUGUAAUCAAAGCGAUUAAAAUGGAUAAAUAUAGAGAAUCUAGUAAUUAUUUAAUUAAUAUACCUAAAUGUUUUUCAUCUUUGAUGAUUGAUUCUUACCUUAAUUUGUGAAGAACUAUCACAUUUGAAUUUUUCUUUAAUCAAGUUAUUCAUACUCAAAUAUCAAAUUUGUGGCAAUUUUUACAUCAAGAAAAAGUUGAGUUUUAGUUAAAUUGAGCAUAGUUUUAUAUCUAAUGCCUUGAAAUAAACUAAACCCAACAACCUAGGAAAAAUGUUUAUUGAAAAGAAAAACACCAUCCUAGGAAUAUCCCAACAGUAAAUUCGGUUGACAUGUUUCUCUAAAUUGCUUCAAGGAUAGCAAUGUUGUUGCCUGAAUUUGCUCCAAAUAUGGGGUUGAGAGAUGGUGUUAGAAUUCCCUCCAAAUUUAGCAUAGAAUAUCCAAAUUCCCACUUAUCAGUUUUUCUCUCUCCAUCAGGGGAGAAUCAAUAUGAAAGAUCAUCAUCAUCAUCCUCAUGAUCUUCAGCCGCAGCAGCAGCUUCAACCCCAUUGCAGCUACUUUGACAUUCUAAAGUUGUCAAGGUAUCAGCAGAUGGGGUUGGAAUUUACGAAGGCGGGCCCAAUAAAGGGUGCAAACACCACCCUUCUCCUCCAGCAUAAAAUGCUUUCUUAUCUUUCAGCAAGUUCUUUCAUUCGAAACCUGGUGUCGAAGAAAAGAAGGCGAAUGCUAGUCGGUGGAUAUGAUCUGGACAUGUCCUAUAUAACUGAUCGUUUGUUGGCAAUGUCUUUCCCUGCCGAACGUAUGCGAGCAAUGUAUCGGAAUCCUCUAUGGCAGGUCAAGUCUGUGCUGGAAAUGAUACAUAAGGGGCAUUACAGGGUCUACAAUUUGUGCAUAGAAGAAGAUUAUGAUCCAUCACACUUCCAUGGUCGAGUCGAGAAGUUCCCUUUCGAUGACAAUCACGUUCCCCACUUUGAAAUGAUGAAGUCAUUCUGUGAGAGUGUUCAUUCAUGGCUAUCAGAUGACCCUAAAAACAUUGCAGUUGUUCAUUGCAUGGCAGGAAAAGGUCGAACAGGCUUAAUGGUGUGUGCCUACCUUGUUUACACCGGAAUGUCAGCUGAGGAAGCACUUCAGUUAUAUGCCCAAAAGCGGACAACUAACAAUGAAGGAGUCUCUAUACCAAGCCAACGCCGUUAUGUGGGGUAUUGGGAAAAAUUACUUUCUUUUACCAGAGGCAUUGGCAAUGGACCUGUCGAUGUGCACUUGCCUCAACCAUGUAGCCGAGAAUUGCGGCGGAUACGACUUUACGACACAGUUAAUACCAACUCUGUCUUCUUCGUUGUCUCGGAGCUCCAAGAGAUUCCGGAUCAGAUGAACCGCCCGCCUGUUGAAGUUGCCAAGAGAUGCUGUCGACAAAUCAAAAAAGGAAGUGAAGCGAAUUGCAGUCCUCGAUAUUUCUUGUCAUAUGUUGAAGGGGACAAAGAAGGGGCUACACCAGAAUCGGAAGAACCUCGUGUUGUAGUCCAAAUGGACACGGAGAGUCCCAUAUUAUAUCAGAAGAACUGUCUUGACUAUCGUUUCAAUAAACCUGUGGAAGUUAAGGGAGACGUGCGCGUCAUAUUCUAUCAAAAAAUGAUCGGAGGUCGCCUUUUUUAUGCCUGUUUCAAUACAGCCUUCAUCAAGAGCAGCUUGCUACAGUUUACGAUCCGGGAUCUGGACAAAGUUGGGAGUGCCGGCAGAUCAAUAUGCGGCCCUGCAUUCUGUGUCGAGUUGCUUUUCGGUCCGGCCAAUCGGAGCCUCUCGAGUGCUUUUUCAUCUAAUUAUGAUAAACACUUGGAUUGUUAAAUGAUAUAUGGAUCAAGUGAUUCAUACCGUAAUUUUUGCCGCCUUCUAGUUUUCCAUGGAUGAUAAGAAGAAGAUACUAGGAAUGACAAGAAGUUUUUACUUAAAAGAUUUUGAGAGCAUUUGUUGAUAUUAUAACAAAAUAUGAGAUUUAUAUCAAUGUUUGCAGUCAUAACAGGGCGAGGCCAGGCAAGCCUGUAUUUUCUCAUUCUCAUCCCACUUCAUUUGUAUUCACAGUAUCCAAAUUCGUCCCAUGGAUUUUUUUUUUUACUUUAAUCUUCCACUUUUAACCAACUCUAAAAGUUCACGAAACUACUCUAAGUAUAUUGGUCAUGGUUUUCAGAACUCAACAUGUGGUCAAACAAAAUUAUUGGUUAAUUCAUCCGAACUGGUUCUAUUAAACAAAUCUUUCUCUAAAUCGGUACCUCAAUCAGUUCUCGAUUCGAUCAACCGAUCUAGUCCGAUUUGGUUUCAAACAACCAUGAUUAUAGCACAUCCGCAAUCAAACAAUA